AUGGCAUCGACUUCAAAGAAGACACCAGUAGAACUGACAGCAGCACAGAAAGCAAGGAUUGAAAGAAACAAAAACAAAGCUUUGCUUUUGAGACAGUCACGCAUAACAAAAAGACCACACACCAGAGGCCAGACUAGUGAUAUGGAAAGCAAAGUGAAGAGAGCACCCAUUGAAAUUGAUACGCACGCUGGGUUUUUUCUGGAAGAACCAGACGGAAUCAUCAGCAGUAACAAGACUGUUACAUAUGAGGCACCAAAAAUUAUUCACGAACCAGGCCCUAUCCUUGAUGGUGACAAUCUCUUUUGUAAGGAGUGCCAUAAAGAGUUUUUUGACUCAUACCUAUACAGCAAAUUUGAUCAUCUUGUCUGUGACGGGUGUAGAAAUGAAGAAAAGCAUAAUUUAAUAACUAAAACAGAUGCCAAAACAAACUUUCUGCUGAAAGAUGAAGACUUUGACAAAAGAGAACCUGCUUUGAAAUUUAUAGUGCGCAAGAAUCCACACAAUGAGAGGUGGGGUGAUAUGAAACUAUUUCUGGAGAGCCAGGUGUGGAAAAGAGCAAUGGAAGUAUGGGGCAGUGAAGAAAAGUUAGAGGAGGCUAAAGAAUUGAGAAGUGACAAUCGAGAGAAAUCAAAGCAGAAAAAAUUCAGCAAGAAGCUAAAAGAGCUUCGCAUGGAAGUGAGGAGCAGUUUGUGGCGGAAAGAUUUAUCAGGGCACCAGCAUGAAUUUGAAGAUGAAGUAUAUGAUGAAGAUGAGGAUAUGUACUCAAAAACCUGCAGCACUUGUGGUCAUGUAUGGACAUAUGAAAAAAUGUGA